AUGCGGUGGACCGGGUUCUGUAUCGUGCCGUUGCUCCUACACGCAGUGGCGACUUCAGUGGCGGGAUGCUGCGAUGCUGCGGAUGUCCAACCCGCGGCUUACCGGAGCGACGACCGAGGCGCGUCGCCGGGACCAUUGCGAUUGCGGUCGGUGAUCGCGCGCGCGCUGAGCCGCGUACGCGAAUCGACGACCGACCGUCGGUUGGCGGGCGACUUGUGGCUGGAAACGGUCGACUCCAAUCGCCGUGAUGGGUCGAGGUCUCUGCCCGAUGAUCUAGUGGCCCAAGCAGACGCCGUUUUCGACAACCAUCGGCUAUCGUGGCGUGACGCUUUAGUCCGAGGACUGGAUUUGAACGUGUACAAGGAUCGGGAGCUGCAACGAUACGUACUCGGCGUAACUCAGCGCACCAGCGAUUCGCAAAGUUUCGUCUCUCGGACUUUUGGCAUACGACGCCGGCGAAUGCAAAUGUUCUUCAUGUUACCGGUGAUGUACAAGCUAGGCGUGAUCACCACGCUGUUGACCGGUUUGGUCGUGCUCACCCUCAAGGGCGUGACCAUCGGCGUGAUACUGCUUGUCAUAGCCUUGACAGGCUUAGUGGCCAAGCUGUCCAAGUUCCACAAUCCCUACAUGUCACCGAUUCCUGAAGUAUCAGCCUGGUCGGGUUACCAUCACGACCCUUACGACCGUUCAUCGCAACAGCAAUCACCUCCACCGCCUUCACAGGACAAAAACAUACACGUGCACGUGCACACCGCACCCGGACCUGUGCCGUCAGCUGUCGGCUAUUCGCCCGGUUCUGCGCCGUCAGCGGUCGGCUACUCGAAGGGUCCGCCGCCACUGCCGCCGCCACUGGACGACGAUGACAUGAAUAACUACAACAACAAUUAUUAUUAUAACGGUGGAGGUGGACCGUAUUGGAAUCGAGCGGGUGAGGAAUACUAUGACGCCGCCACGAUAAACCAUCGCGGCGACAACCACCUGAAACUGAGCGCCGAGUCUACGACUGCCAGCAAUAGUGUCUAUCACCGGUGGUUAGGAUAA